AGGCCAAAGCUGCCUCGAAUAUACUCCGCGAUUCCAACCCGCCUUUCGCUCUCUUUCUCUCUCUCUCUCUCUCACUAUAAAUACAGACUCUCCAUCGCUAUUGCUUUUCUGGACUCCUGUAUAUGAUAACUAUUUCUAUAUUCCAUUUUCAAUUCAAUGAAGUUGGAAGGGCGCCCGGACGGAGAGGAAGAGAUUUGCCGGACGAUCGAGGUCGUCUCCUCCCCCGCCCCCGUCGUUAAUCACCUCAAGUCCGUUCCCGCCGCAGACGAUGACUGCAAUGGAGAGAACCCCUAUAUUCCCCCUCUCAACUUCUCCAUGGUCGAUAACGGCAUUUUCCGCUCCGGCUUCCCUGACUCCGCCAACUUUUCCUUCCUCCAAACCCUAGGCCUCCGCUCCAUCAUAUGUCUGUGUCCGGAACCAUAUCCGGCGGCGAACAUGGAGUUUCUCAAGUCCAACGGGAUCAAGCUUUUCCAAUUCGGGAUUGAAGGUUAUAAGGAGCCUUUUGUGAACAUCCCAGAGAAUACAAUUCGUGAAGCACUAAAAGUUGUCCUUGAUAUAAGGAAUCACCCAGUUUUAAUUCAUUGUAAACGUGGGAAGCAUCGAACUGGUUGUCUGGUGGGAUGCUUGAGGAAAUUGCAAAGGUGGUGCCUGACAUCUGUCUUUGAUGAGUACCAGAGGUUUGCAGCUGCUAAAGCUAGAGUUUCAGAUCAGAGGUUUAUGGAAUUGUUCGACGUGUCUAGCUUGAAGCAUAUGCCACUGACAUUUUCAUGUUCGAGGAGGUAAACAACCAGUUCUAUUGAUUGGCUUUUCCUUUCUUUGAUGGAAGAGAAUCACAUAGGGUCCUACUUCAGAAUAAAUAGGGAAAGGCGAUGAGUUCCUGGAAUGCAUUUCAGCGGCAAAGGAAUAAUUCCUCUUUUUCCCUCGAGAAUAAAAUGAACAUAAAUUAGCACGUCCUGUUUAGAGUGUUGCAAACCCUCCCUGUACCCCCGCCCUCUUCCUUCUGCUCUCUCUGUUCUUUCCCUGUUUUGAUUUCUAGGCAGUCUGUGUUUAAAGGUUUCAUAGUAGCCGUUCUUCUUCUCCACUCCAGCUGUUUCUGUCUUUGAUUAUAAAGAAAGGCAAGGCAGCUAGAAAGACUGUCUGCCCAUAAUUCUUGGUCGGGUAGUUAAGGUAUAGAUCAUUAAUAAAUAAAACUUAAUUGUAGAACUGUUAUUUUGGCAUCAAUCUAAAUGUAGACAGCGGAGUUCUUGUCGCA